AUGGUCUUUCAAUGGUCAGGUACCAUAAGUGUGUAUGCUAGUAGGUGUACCAGUGAACCCAUUUAUUAUGAAUCGGAAUGUCUUGAUAUGCCCGAGUGUGCGUGGUGUUGCGAGUUGCCUGUGGGUCGUCAAUGUCUUCCCAGACGAGGUUCAAAUUCCAUACAUUCAAAGUGUACCAGUAAAGCCAUUCUUGACGAUUGGAAUUCCACAUGCAGUGACUUGUGCCCUACUGGAGAUGGGGACUGUAAAAAAUGUGAAGUAAAGAAUUGGUGUUACUUCUGCAUCAGUUCAUUAACGUGUCAGGCCCCAUACGCGGAGUGCCCUGGGAACAGUGUGAUUCAGUCCUGUGAUAUGAUGAAGAAACAGACGGAUGAAAAUAUGUAUUACUUUGAAGUUAUCACGGCUGUGGGAGCCGCGUUGUGUGGGGCGGCACUCAUCGCUUCAUUAAUUCUCUUGGGACUUCGCGUGCGCCAGAGAAUACGAGAGAGUCGACCAAGUCUCACGGAGGAGUCUGUGGCACUUCUAAAUGAUAACACACAUUCUCACGAUCAUGACAUUAAUCGAAAUAACCACAACAAUAGAAGUGAUAAUAAUAAUAAUAAUAAUAAUAAUAAUAAUAAUAAUAAUAAUAGUAGUAGUAGUAAUAAUAACAGAAACAACGCCGGUAGCAAUGUUGCAGCUGGAACCUCAGCAACAAGAGAGGUGGUGGAUACUACAGUGAAUACUACCACCGCAGCUGCAACCUCACGUGCAGUGUCUCCAACUAGGAACAGAGAAAAUGCCGAGGUGUACUUAACUCCACGCUCAACCAAAAUAAGUACUGGAGAAGAUGAAGGCGUUUGUUUUCUUUGUCUUGAUGCCAGUUCAACAGUAACAUUUCUUCCAUGUUAUCAUACUUGUUGCUGUGAGGAAUGUAGUAACAAGUUACGUCCAACACGUGGAGACGUUUUGACAUGCCCUUUCUGUCGUACGAAGAUCGUCUCUAUGGUGAGCCUUCAUAAUAUUUUGCUCCAGGCGAGUUCAAAGUCGUAA